AAUUUGCAGGGUAUUAUAAAUAUCGAGAGUUGUGGAACCGGAUACUGGAUAAUCUCAUCGAUUCAAAUUCCUCUUGCAAUUAUAUUCACUUUCGUAAUUCUAAACAGUAGAAAGAGUCGUAAGAAUACUGCUUCAAAUACUCCUCAGGAAAAUGGAGAAUGUGAAACAAGAAACGGGCUAAAUGGGAAGCUCGUUUUUCCCUUAAUGGCACUAUUAGCUGGCAUUCUUGGUGGAGUAUUUGGAAUUGGAGGUGGCAUGCUUAUAAGUCCACUUCUUAUCCAAAUCGGAAUGCAACCCGAAGUGACAGCAGCAACAUGUUCGUUCAUGGUAUUAUUCUCGUCGUCCAUGUCAGCAAUGCAGUACUUACUGCUGGGAAUGGAUUACAUUUACGGUGCCCUAAUCUUGUCAGCGGUUUGUUUCGUGGCUUCGUUGAUUGGGUUGACUUUGGUCCAACGAGCUGUAAUGAAACACGGGAGAGCGUCUCUUAUAGUGUUCUCGGUAGGUACAGUGAUGGCUCUAAGUACCGUUUUGAUGACUAGUUUCGGAGCUGUGGCUGUUUGGGAGUGA